AUGGUGGCCUCGAAGCUGGUGCUGUCGCUGCUUGUUGCAGCUCUCCUGCUACACAUGGCUGCCACGCUGAAGAUCAGCGCCUUCAACAUCAGGGUGUUUGGGGACAGCAAGAUGUCCAACCAGACUAUCGCAGAUAUCAUCGUCUCUAUCCUGUUGGGGUAUGACAUCACCGUGGUGCAGGAGGUCCAGGACACCGACCUGAGUGCUGUGAAGAAGCUCAUAGACCAGCUCAACAGUGCAUCCCCACACCCAUACAGCUUUUUGGACAGCAUGCCCUUGGGUCGGACCAGCUACAAGGAGCAGUAUGUCUUCAUCUUCAGGUCGGAUAUGGUCUCUGUGCUGGGAAGCUACUACUACGAUGAUGGCUGCGAGCCCUGUGGGACUGAUACCUUCAGCAGGGAGCCCUUCAUUGUGAAGUUCUCCUCACCCACCACACAGGUGGAGGAGUUUGUGAUGGUGCCCCUGCAUGCCAAGCCCAGCAGCGCGGCGGAUGAGAUCAACGCGCUCUACGACGUCUACACCGAUGUUGUCAACAAGUGGGCAACUAACAACAUCCUCCUCCUGGGUGACUUCAAUGCCGACUGCUCCUACGUGACCAGCGCCCAGUGGCCAUCCAUCCGCUUGCGCUCCUUGGACGCCUGCGAGUGGCUCAUCCCCGACAGUGCUGACACCACUGUCACCACCACCACCGACUGUGCCUAUGACCGCAUUAUCGCCUGUGGAACCGUGCUGCGCCAGGACAUCGAGCCUGGCUCCGCCACCAUCAACAAUUUCCAGAAGACUUUCCACCUCCAGAACAAGGAUGCUUUGGCCGUCAGCGACCAUUUCCCAGUGGAGGUGACCCUGAAAGCCCCCACCGCCACCUUGCGCAUCGGUGCCUUCAACAUCCAGGCGUUCGGUGACACCAAGAUGUCCAACGAGGGAGUGGCAGGCAUCAUCGUCAGCAUCCUGUCCCGCUACGAUGUGGUGUUGGUGCAGGAGGUGCGCGACUCCGACCUCAGCGCUGUCACUGAGCUCAUGGAGCAGCUCAACAGCAUGUCCACAUCCCCGUAUGACUACGAGAUCAGCGGCCCCCUGGGACGGGACAACUACAAGGAGAUGUACCUCUUCAUCUACAGGACAGACGUUGUGUCCGUGGUGGACACCUACCAAUAUGAGGACCCCCAGGAUGUCUUCAGCCGGGAGCCGUUCAUCUUGAGGGUCUCAGCACCUCACACCAGUAAGCAGGGGGAUGAGUGGCCCCAAGGUGGUGGCGUGGGGUGGCUGUGAGGCUGACGUCCCUCUCCCCUGGCAGAGGUGGAAGAGUUUGUGCUGGUGCCACUGCACUCGGCUCCACACGAUGCCGUUGCUGAGAUUGAUGCGCUCUACGACGUCUACCUGGCCAUCAUCAGCAAGUGGGGGACUGAUAACAUCAUGUUCCUGGGGGACUUCAACGCUGACUGCGCCUACGUCCAGCCGAGCGACUGGUCGGCCAUCCGCCUGCGCACCAGCGACAUCUUCAAGUGGCUGCUCCCCGAUGGCACUGACACCACCGUGGGGAAGUCAGACUGUGCCUAUGACAGGAUCGUGGUGUGCGGCGCAAAGCUGAAGAGAAGCAUCGUGCCGAAUUCAGCUGCCAUCUACAAUUUCCAGCGCGCUUUCCAGCUGGAGCAGGAGGAGGCCCUGGCAGUCAGCGACCACUACCCAGUCGAGGUGAAGCUGAUGGCUUGA